AUCUUCAAGUUUGUUUCUGCGUUUCAAAAUUUAUGGCGGAAAAACCGGUGAUGGUGGUGGGGAUGGAUGACAGCGAACACAGCUUUUAUGCAUUAGAGUGGACUUUGGAACACUUGUUUGGUCCUUCACCUACUCACGCUCCUUUCAAGCUCCUCAUCGUCCACGCCAAGCCUACUGCUACUUCUGCUAUCGGCCUCGCUGGUCCUGGGGGUGCUGAUGUUUUGCCGUAUGUGGAGGCUGAUUUGAGGAAGAUCUCUUCCAGGGUUGCCGAAAAAGCUAAGCACAUUUGUUCUGCUAAAUCGGUAAACGAUGUUGUAGUUGAGGUUGUGGAAGGUGAUGCUAGGAGUGUCUUGUGCGACGCUGUAGAGAAGCAUCAUGCCUCUAUGUUAGUUGUUGGUAGUCAUGGUUAUGGAGUUCUCAAGAGGACUGUCUUGGGAAGUGUAAGUGACUACUGUGCUCACCAUGCCCAUUGCAGUGUGAUGAUUGUGAAGCGCCCAAAGGUCAAGGCUUGAGAUAUAUCUGAUUCAUUUUCUGAACAAGUUCUAGAGUUAUAUUACUUUGUUAUCGAUUUCUCCGAGCGGAGGACUUGGUUGAUUGUGUGUAUUAAUUAUUGUCUGACCCUGUAACCAUAUCUAUAUAUCUUCCAAUGUAAAAGUUCUGCUGCGUAACAUUUAUUGUGGAUAAGUUUCAGACUAUGAAUAAUAAAUCAUGAUUGUUAUCU